ACACGCUACGUUAAGGCUCAAAACGAUGAAGCUCUCCGCCCACAACAAGCGAUCGAUCUGAUAAGAUAUACAGAUAAACUCAGUGUACGCUGCCUCGUACCUAAUUCAGGUUUUAUCUACAAAUUGGCUUUGAAUGUUGUAAAAAAAAAUUACUUACUACUAAGUUAA